AUGGUUGUGAAUCAAGUUUGGGGUUUGUUAUUGUUGGUGGUGGUGGUGGUUUUCUUCAAUGGAUGUUUCAUUGAGGAGAAGAGGCACUGCGCCCAAGCUCAGAUUCCUGAAUCCAAGAAGCUGAGGAAUGCUAGUUUUCUUUCAAGACCUGAAGUUGUAAAAAUUGGGUCAAUUUUGACCUUCGAUUCGAUCAUAGGCAAAGCUGCGAAAAUUGCAUUGGAGGCUGCAGUAGAAGAUGUGAAUUCUGAUCCCACGGUUCUUAAUGGAACCAAGCUAGAACUAACCAUUCAUGACUCAAAUUCUAGUGGCUUGGUGAGUAUUAUGGAAGCUUUGCAUUUCAUGGAGAGUGAAAGUGUGGCAUUAAUAGGUCCAGAAUCAUCGGCCUUAACUCAUACGAUCUCCUACGUAGUGAAAGAGCUCCGAAUCCCCCUAGUUUCUUUCACAGCCACAGACCCUACAUUAUCCUCGCUUCAAUUUCCUUUCUUUGUCCGAUCAACUCACAGUGACAUUUUCCAAAUGGCUGCCAUAGCGGACAUAAUUGAGUACUACGAAUGGAGACAAGUGGUAGCGAUUUACAUAGACGAUGAUCAUGGGAGGAAUGGAAUAAGUUCAUUGGUAGAUCAAUUAGCUUCUAAGAGGUCUAAGAUCUCCCACAAGGCACCUAUCAAUCCCGAUGCAACACGUGGAGAUAUACAAGAUAUUUUAAUUCAAGUUUCUUUCAUGGAAUCAAGAGUUAUUGUUGUCCAUACUAGCACCAAAUGGGGAUUAAACAUACUUGAUGUUGCUCAAGAUCUUAGUAUGAUGGAAAGUGGGUACGUUUGGAUCACAACGGAUUGGCUUUCUACCAUCAUAGACAUAAGCUCCUCACUCCCUACACGAUCGAUUGCUUCUAUGCAAGGAGUUAUUACACUGCAAUCAUACAUAAAAGAUUCAGAAAUUAAAAGCAAGUUCAUAAUGGAGUGGGAAAACUUGACCAAAAUGGGCUUGAGUACUUAUACUCUGUAUGCAUACGACACUAUUUGGCUGCUUGCUCGUGCUCUUGAUGAUUUCUUUCAUCAAGGUGGAAACAUUUCGUUCUCAAAAGGUCCCAAAAUGAAGGACUCACAAGGCAGAUUAUUGAAUCUUGAUUCUUUUAGUGUUUUUAAUGGAGGGAAAAUCUUGCUUGAGAACAUCUUACAAGUCAAAAUGAACGGAACAACGGGACCGAUCGAGUUCACUUCUGAUAAAAACCUUGUUUUUCCGGCAUUUGAAGUUCUUAAUGUGAUGGAUACGGGCUUUAAAACAGUUGGGUAUUGGUCAAACACCUCACGUUUGUCAACUUCUCCUCCAGAAACACUCAAUUCAAACCUUUCAAACCAAUCUAGUUCAUCUGAGCUAUUGUCUGGAGUAAUUUGGCCGGGUGAAACCAUUAAAAAACCUCGUGGAUGGGUUCUCCCAAAGAAUGGAAAAGAGUUGAAAAUCGGGGUUCCAACUCGUGUCAGCUUUCAGGACCUAGUGGAGGAAGUUAAAGGGACUGAUAUGUAUGUAGGAUACAGUGUGGAUGUGUUUAUUUCUGCAGUAAAAGUGCUUCCAUAUUCUUUCCCAUAUAAGAUCUAUACGUAUGGAGAUGGUCAUAACAACCCGGAUUACACUGAUCUAGUGAGCUUAGUAAACGCUGGUGUCUAUGACGCUGCAGUGGGAGACAUUGCUAUCGUCACUAACCGGACACUUUUAGCGGAUUUUACACAGCCAUUUAUCGAGUCUGGCCUAGUUGUAGUGGCACCAGUCAGGAGGCUAAGCUCUGGGACUUGGGAUUUUUUCAGGCCAUUUACUGCUGAGUUGUGGUGUGUAAUUGGGAUCUUUUUUCUGGUUGUGGGAGCAGUUGUUUGGAUUCUAGAACAUCGCCAAAACGAUGAAUUUCGUGGUACUCCUAGACAACAGGUUGUGACAACCCUAUGGUUUAGCUUUUCUACCCUAUUUUUCUCCCACAAACAAAACUUGAUGAGCGGUCUAGGUCGUUUCGUAUUAAUAAUAUGGUUGUUUGUGGUUCUGAUAAUAAGCUCGAGUUAUACCGCAAGUCUCACCUCAAUCUUGACCAUUCAAAAACUAUCUUCGCCUAUUGAAGGGAUUGACAGUUUAAAAUUAAGCAAAGAUCGUAUUGGGUACCAAGAAAGUUCGUUUGUCCGAAACUAUUUGAUUGACGAAAUUGGCAUUUCGGAAAGUAGACUUGUUCCUCUUAACUUGCCGGAAGACUAUGAAAAAGCCCUAAACGAUGGUCCUGACAAUGGCGGUGUUGUUGCAAUUGUUGAUGAGCGUCCGUACAUUGAACUUUUCGUUUCGACGCGCUGCCAAUUCAGCAUUGUUGGUCAAGAUUUCACCAGAACUGGAUGGGGAUUUGCCUUUCAGCGAGACUCUCCUCUUGCAAUGGAUAUGUCAAAUGCGAUUCUCAAACUAUCAGAAACCGGAGAGUUACAAAACAUCCACAAGAAGUGGCUAAGGGAAAGUGCUUGCAAUUCACAAGGAACUGAGUUUUCAGUAGACAGGCUCAAGCUAAAGAGGUUCAAAGGCCUAUUCAUAAUAAUUGGAUUAGCUUGUUUUCUUGCACUUUUUGUAUACGUAUUGCUCAUCAUAUACAAAUACACUAAACACAAACCAGAUCCUAUUGAGUCACCUGGAACAACACCAGGACGCCUACAAACGUUUGUUUCAUUUAUUGAUGAAAAAGAAGAUUCGGUGAAUACCCGUUCCAAGAAAAGGCUCAGACAGGAAAGUUCACUUAGAAGCAACAGAGAUAUUGCAUCUUUAAAUGGAUAUACAAGUACACAGAAAGAAUCACCUUCAAUCACAACAGAAUGUUCACAACAUGGAGAUUGAUUACAGUAAUAUUUAUGCAAAAUGUGUUUUUCCACCUUUGCCAUAUCAGUAUCCAAGUGGCGCACGAGUCCCCAAAGUUGAUUAAGCAGUAUUGGCUUGUUAGUUGUUGAUAACCGGCUUCCUUUUCAUUGUAUAAAUAGCAUAGUUUUACUAAAUAAUAAACUUUUUAGUAUUUCUAUUGAUG